UGCCGAACUGGAUCUCCAUCGACAGCGGCUCGCAGAUCUUCCUGUGUCUCGCCUCCAGCGUCGUCAUGUGCGUCGGCGGAGAGGCGCUGGACUUCCUGCUGAUCCCGAUCGUCACCGGGAUCGCGGCGUUCAUCUCGAAUUUCGGGAAUGGCUUCAUCUAUGGCCUGUCCGCGAAGGAGCCGCGGGCAGUGCAUGGAAUCUGCUGGAAUUGUGCUGGUGCGGGAAGCGGAGACGCCGAUGUAGUUCAUCGACCUCUAUGUGUCCGAGGAGCACCGGUACGCCGCCUACAACUUGUGGUGUUUCGCUGGCGAUCUCGGCGGCUACGCAGGCUGUAUCCUGCCUCGCUUGUCCAGGCCAGAGCAGCUUCUCCGUGA